AUGGUGGGAACGACACUAGACGUAGGCCAAGGAUUCUGUGGCAGGUACGGGACGGGAAGCCAUGUACGAGACGCUAAACUUGGUGAAGCAAACGGCACGGAAGCAGACCACGAAGUCGUCCCAAGACUUGUCACCACCGGCGAGAGCAAAGCACUGGAGGCCGACGACACUGAAGGCAGCAUAACAGGGAGAAGCGACGAAGUUGGCGAAGUUAAACCCGACAAUGACGAAACCAAACCCGCGGAUGCAAUUGAUGUAGAAGCCGACGAAAUAACAUCGCUAUGGACUGGCGAAAGCGAUAAAUCCGUUCCAGAACAACUGGACAGACUAUUAUUAGUGAGCCGAGGCAUCCAAGAUAGAAGCCAAAACCCAAAACGAAGCACAAGAAUCCCCAGAAAAACAAAAAUAGAAAACCAAAAUCGAGUUCACAGUGUGAGAAGCAGUAUGCAAGUGAGCACAGCCCGUGAGUAUAGCAAAUGGCUAACUCCCGCCCGCUGA